GCGGGAGGACGUGCGGCGCGGGCAGGGUCAGAGCGGCGGCGUGGUUUUGACUGGGCCAGCGAGAGCCAUGGCCGGCUUGGUGGACUUUCAGGACGAGGAACAGGUGAAGUCCUUUCUGGAGAACAUGGAAGUGGAGUGCAACUACCAGUGCUACCGCGAGAAGGACCCGGACGGUUGCUAUCGACUGGUGGACUAUUUGGAAGGGAUCCAGAAGAAUUUUGAUGAGGCUGCCAAGGUGUUGAAGUUCAACUGUGAAGAGAACAAACACAGUGAUAGCUGCUACAAACUGGGGGCCUAUUAUGUGACUGGGAAAGGUGGACUAUCCCAGGAUCUGAAAGCUGCCUCCAACUGCUUUCUGAUGGCGUGUGAGAAGCCGGGAAAGAAGUCCACUGAAGCCUGCCACAAUGUUGGUCUCCUGGCACAUGAUGGACAGGUCAAUGAGGAUGGCCAGCCCAAUCUGGAGAGGGCCAGAGACUACUACACAAGGGCCUGUGAUGGCAACUAUGCCGCUAGCUGUUUCAACCUCAGCACCAUGUUCCUGCAGGGCGCCCCCGGCUUUCCCAAGGACAUGGGCCUGGCAUGCAAAUACUCAAUGAAAGCCUGUGACUUGGGCCAUGUCUGGGCCUGUGCUAAUGCCAGCCGCAUGUACAAGCUUGGGGAUGGUGUCGAUAAGGACGAAGCUAAGGCUGAGGAACUAAAAAAUCGGGCCCGGCAGCUGCACAAAGAACAGCAGAAAAAUGUCCAGCCUUUAACAUUUGGGUAGGGUGGCCCACCCUCCCAUGCUACAGACAGCUUGAUGCUGGCACCUCCUAUUUCUGAUGGAGCCCUUGAAGGUCGACUUGCUGGAGAAGAAAGACUUGGUGUUUAAUGUCAGUAACUCUGAUUACAUAGACCCAUUGCCCCCCGGUGUCACCCGCUCAGAUGUAGUCUGAAAUGUUUAUUUUGGUCAAUAUUUGUUUAUCUGGUGUGAUCCACAUUUAUAAGAUUUUGGUUCUCAAACUCUUUUCCUGUUCUGUGAAAAAUAGCAGACUAGUGAGCCAUAAAUAUUAUGGGGGUGGGAAGGAGAGACAGAGCAGGAAACUGGAAAAAUUAGUAGUCACAGGACCUGAAGGAAUCACCAUCAUCACCAUUAUUUUAGUUGGGAGAGCUUAAAAAAUCAAAGUAUCUUGAUUUACAUAAUAGCGGGUUUAAGGAGCUAAGAACAGUUAAAUAGUCAGGAUUGCCACCUGCUGACUUAUGUAAUCAUUGGUGUGGGCUGCGUUUUUGUUUUUAGAGUCAGAUUUUUCAAUAAAUUCAGAGAUUGGGAGUUACGUGUGAUGUAAAGAUAAAAGUCAUUAUGCUUCUGAGUUGCUCCAGAGGGUAAAACAGAAAACUUCCUUUAGUGGAGACAUUCACAUGUUAAAAAUAACAUCCUCAGACCACUCAUUUGGUACUGUUAAUAAAAUAACUUACCCUAGAAAUUUGUAAGCAAGGGAUUGAUGAUACAUUUUGUCCCUCAGAACUGAACCUUUUCCACUGUUCCUGUGAAUAAACUAUCUCAAUUGGUUA